AUGACAUAUUCGAAUAACAUUGCACCUUCGACUCGAUCAGAGUCAAUCCAGGGGGCUGUGGAUGACACUGAAACACUUUCGAUUAAGAAUCCUUGCUCAGCGUCAACGAUUUCCCUCGAGACCUCGCGGUCGGACAAUGCGCAGAAUCGGUUCGAAACACGGACCUACAUGACACAAUCAGCACAUGGAAAUGUGCCCUCGCCUUUGGAUAUGAGAGACGUAAGAUCCAUACUACCCGGCCUCCAAUCUCAUUCAGUUCCCUAUGAGCAACUCCCCAUCCAGCAGCCCUUCGCUCCCACAGCUCAUCCGCAUGGUGUUGUAUACGCAAUGCAUCCGUUGGCAUCUUUUCCUGGGGCUCCAAUGAAUGCAAGUAUGAGUUUCAAUGCCCCUUUUUACCAGUUUUACCCGCCUUAUAUCCAGCAGCAACACGGGGGCUCUCAUUUACCUCGUGGCCCGGUGGUGGAUCAAUCUUUAAUGCCACAUUCGCCGUCUCACUUGAAUGUCAACAUCCCCGGUCAAGCAUCCGGGUAUGGACACAGGUAUUAUCUACAGUCAGCAUACAUGGCAGCAUCGGAGCUUGGAACGGGUCCUCCGGUUAUGGCAUCUUCAAGCCAACAGAACUCGUGUAUUCAAUAUUCAGGCCUACAAAGUUCAAACUCCCCCAGAACAUCAUCGGGACCCAGAAAAGGAAAGAAACAACGGAGUCUUAAUAUCGAAUACGAUGUCUCAAAAACUAUCGUAGAUGGGUCCACUCCAAUGCGACCUAUUCCCGUCCAACCCUCUCGUUCAACAGAUCCAACUUUGCAUACUCCCUAUACAAAUAUUUCAAACGCUUCAAGGGGGCCAUCGCGAAAACCAAAACAAUCCGGAAAUGCUCUCUGGGUCGGAAAUCUUCCUCCUGGUACAAGCAUUGUUGACCUGAAGGACUACUUUUCUCGAGACGCUACAAAGGAGCUGGAGAGUGUCUUUCUUAUACCCAAGAGUAACUGUGCGUUUAUCAACUAUAAAACGGCGAUCUCCUGUUCCGCGGCGCUGUCAAGAUUCAAUGACUCUAGGUUCCAAGGCGCACGACUUGUUUGCCGGCUACGCCAGGGGACUGUUUCUCCCGGGUCUAGCAAUGACCCUCUAGGCUCUUCUACAUCUCCACAACCGCAGGAUAGUGAAGUCAAAUUAAAAGACGGUGAGACCGAGGGAAAGGAUACAAAGAAUGACCUUUCGCGCACUCGAGUUCCUAGCAAGUACUUCAUAGUCAAAAGCUUGACCGUUGACGACCUCGAACUCAGCCGACAGAGCAACAUCUGGGCAACCCAAACUCAUAACGAAGAACAGUUGAAUCAAGCUUACGAGACUGCAGACGAUGUCUUUCUUAUCUUCUCUGCCAACAAAUCCGGCGAGUAUUACGGAUACGCUCGUAUGAUGUCGCCGAUACAAGAUGAUGAGAGUUUAUCUUUGAAGAUGCCACUACGACUGGACAACAACAUGCGUGAACCUGAAUCUUUGGACGUGACACCCACGCCCGCGACAUCCACCGCUCCUAAUGGGCGAAUCAUCAAUGACUCUGCACGAGGGGCAGUCUUCUGGGAGGCUGAAUCAUCGGAAGAAGAAGGCGGCGCAAGUAAGGAAAGGAUCACUAAUGAGAAGGUGCGAGAACCCACGGAUAUGGGGGGCCAGUUGAUCGGGAAGCCGUUCAGGAUCCGGUGGCUCUCAACCACGCGUGUCUCGUUUCACCGUACAAGGGGAUUAAGGAACCCUUGGAAUGCGAAUCGGGAAGUCAAAAUUGCUCGCGAUGGCACUGAAAUUGAACCUGAGGUAGGUAGGAAACUUGUACAACUGUUCCACUCCCAACCUCAAGAUUAG